UUUUUUUUUUUUUUUUUAGGGAUAGGGCUACAACUCCUUAGGAUCUCCAUAAUGGUGCAAAUGCGGGAGUGAAUCACUCCCGCAGCAUUUGCGCUCAUUCUAAACAUUUCCUGACUUUCUUUACGUAAAUAAAAUGAUAUUCUAUGUUUCUUAGUCAAUACAUGUAUAUAAAUUUACAACCUGCAACUUAAGAUUUGUGAGGCUCUAUUCUACCGUUUUCAACAAUUUCGAUAAAUUCCAAUUUCUCGAUUCAUAUUUGUGCGCCAUGUUUGAUGUACUGAAGUUUCAACUUCCGAUUGUCAAGUCAUUUGCAUAUGCCAUAUAAGGUAGUAUUUACAUCAAUGGAUAAGUAUGGAGGCGAAAGCUAUUUCGUCGGUAUUGAAAAGGUUUGAAGUUAAAAACCGAACAGCAGAGUGCAAAUUCUUUCUGCAACAAUAUGAUUUUCCUUUCUUUGUCGAAGUGGCUCGAGUAACUACAUUUUCGCGCUGAUUGUCAAUGUUUAGGUUUUUCAUUAGAUCCACCUACGAGAUCUCGCGAUAACAAGCAUGGCGGAGCAGACGAAGAAUUUUGCAUGCUGUACAUUAUAUUUAAUGAAAAACACCUUUAUUAGAUAUGCCCGAGCACAAAGUUGGUACUCCUUUUGGUGUAAACAACAUUUGGGACUAAUUAUCGGUUAUUCAUCAAAUUAUUUUGCACCAUUACGGAGAUCCUAUGGAAUUGUAGCCUUAUCCCGAAAACGUCAGAAUAAAAAAAAUUGGAUAGGGCUACAUUAUUGCAGCUAUGUUUGCCCUAGUCUUAAUUUUGAAUUAUUUAUAGGAUUUACAAGAUUGAUUACUGCUCGUAUUUUUCAAAGUAUCGUACUUUUUCUUCUAUCAAUUUUACUGACCAGAAAGUGAUUCCCUCCGCCAAACACGAUCGAUCGUCAAAACUGAGAAAAAAAAAUCUAGCUGUUCGGUAGUUCUGGCUUAUUUCUAAUACGCAAUAGAUUAAUGCGCAAUGAUAAAAAAAAUCUGUUAUUUAUAGGUAGUAAAAUUAAGGUAAACAAUACAUCAUGGUGUAGGGAAGAAGACAGAUCAAUAGGAGGACACAAGUUGACGGGUCGACAGUUUGACAGGUCGACAGGUCUAUGGGUAGACAGGUCGACAAAUUGACGGGUUAACAGGUUUACGGGUUAGCAGGUCGACAAAUUGACGGGUUGACAGAUCAAAGUGUUGACAGGUCGACAAAUUCACGGGUCUACAGGGUGAGAAUGAUAUAUUGAUUGAUUGUAUCUUGUUUAACGUCUUGCUCGAGAAUAUUUCACUCAUAUGGAGACGUCACCAAUGCCGGUUAAGGGCUGCAAAAUUUAGCCCUAUGCUCGGCGCUUAUGGCCAUUGAGCAGGGAGGGAUCUUUAUCGUGCCCCACCUGCUGUGACACGGGGCCUCGGGUUUUGCGGUCUCAUCCGAAGGACCGCCCCAUUUAGCCGCUUUUUACGACAAGCAAGGGGUACAUGUACUGAGGGCCUUUUCUAACCCGGAUCCCCACGAGAGUAUGAUAUAUUGAAGAAAAUGAAUAAUUCGCCAUUAUGUGCUCUCUGAGUAAUUUUAAACAUUUCGCAUAUUCAAACAUCUUAAUAUGUUAUGAUAAUUCGAAAUAUUGACAUCAAGAGACUGAGGUGACCUUAUACAGCGUUGACCUCCGUGAUGGUAUAAUGAAUAAUACGCUAUACAGGUUGUGUUUACUUUAAUAAUUUAAAUGUUAAUCUGGGAAAGUAAUGAUUUGAUUCGUUUUCUAUUUUGUUGUCAAUCUAUCGAGACCUCUGAAAUACACAUUAACUGAUUCAUGGUAUUAUAAAUUUUGGUAUCGAUCUAUCCAAUUUGUAUUUAUAUUUUUAAGUUUUCCUGUCGACCUUUUCACCUUAGUUGUGAUACAUUUAGGCUGUAUAGUUUGGAUGUCAACCUGUCGACCCUUUCUAACGGUAUCUGAUGUCAACCAGUCGAUCCUUUCUAACGAUAUCUGAUGUCAACCUGUCGACCCUUUCUAACGAUAUCUGAUGUCAACCUGUCGACCCUUUCUAACGAUAUCUGAUGUCAACCAGUCGAUCCUUUCUAACGAUUUCUGAUGUCAACCAGUCGAUCCUUUCUAACGGUUUUUAAUGUUAACCUGUCGACCUUUGUCGUGAUACAUCAUUUUAUGUUGUUUGGGUGUCAACUUGUCGACCUAUCAACCCUUUUCGACAUAUCCACUAUUUUUCAUAGGGUAUUUAUUCUAUGUGAAAAGGUACACUGUAUGAUCGUUAUAAAAAAGGGAACUAUUUUCUUAUUCAACUUUAAAUUCGGAAGGUAUAGAUUGGUUAGGGGGGACUACUUUUCCGUAGAUACAUGUACCCUAGUUGAAGAUUCUUGUUAGGAAGGAUAAUGAUAUUCAUAAUAAUGUUACCCUUUGUCAAAUAAUAUUUACCCUUUCCUAUGGAUACUGCCAUACUGGAGGACGUGGUUUAAAUAAACAGAGAAAUAUUUAUGAUUUUUACGAGGUGACUUAGUCAGCCUCGUCUAAUUAUCGUCCAAUUAAAAUGGCUGACGAGCCCAUUUUCUAUACAAUUUUCAUUUUACCAAAUUCUUGAAUAUCACGACUCAUCCAACGCAUUUCCCAAUGGAUAAUGAUAGAAAACUUCAUUUUUGUGAAGUUUAGGAUUCCAGUAUAUGUUCAUUAUUUGUAAACAUUAACUGUGAUGUUAAAUGUGUUUAAAGCUGAAGCAUGAUUUUGAAGAAUUUCAUCUUUUGAAAGGGCAGUUGGAGUAUAUUAAGUAGGAUUACCAAAUGUACAAUUAAUGCCAAGUUCGUUUCAAAUACAGUUGUAAUCAUGACUCUUACAAAGAAAGCCAUUGUUGUUACAAUUAAGCCUGUCAACCGGAACCAAAACAUAUUCCUCUUGUAAUACCUAAUGCAAGGUGAAGAUAACGAACAGUGAUCAAUCUCAUAACUCCUACAAGCAAUACAAAAUAGAUAGUUGGGCAAACACGGACCCCUGGACACACCAGAGGUGGGAUCAGGUGCCUAAGAGGAGUAGGCAUCCCCUGUUGACCGGUCACACCAGCCGUGAGCCCCAUAUCCUGAUCAGGUAAACGGAGUUAUCCGCAGUCAAAAUCAGUGUGCCAAGAACGGCUUAACAAUCGGUAUGAAACACGUCAGACAGCAUUUGACCCAAUGCGAGGUUGUAUUGACGAACUAGAUCGUUAUAACGACCAUAUAAUUUGCGAAAUGCUGACUUCAAUCGAGACUGUUGAAAUCCCUGUAUCAUCAACGUUUUUGUCAGUAGCUUACCUCGAUUUAAAAACUGACUAUACCCAGAACAAGCUCUUGCAUAUCGAAUCAGUUGAGAUAUAUAAACACCAUAUGCAGGUGAUAAUGGAAUAUUGCUACAUAAAUGUGGGAAGUUGACGAUGGAGAAGCUGAAAUCAUCCCGUUUGUCAUACAGUUGAGUUGUCAGUUCUUUGAUAACUUCUGCUUUACGGAUGGAUGAUAGUGAUACGAUAGCUGCAGAACUGUAGCUCUCUGAAAUCAUAUUGGGACAGAGUUUUCUGAAAAAAUAUUGGGACAAAUCAGAUCUGUUCCAAUAUUUUUUCAGAGAGUUACAGUUCUGCAGCUAUUCUGACAUAGUAUCAAGUUUUACUUUUUCAUAUUUCGCCCAUUUUAUAAUAUGCAUAGUGCAUAUUAAUUGAUUGAUUGAUUUUAUGUUGUUUAACGUCACUCUUGGGAAUUUUCACCCAUAUAGAGACGUUACCAUUGGCGAUGUAGGGCUGCAAAAUUGAGGCCUAUCUUCGGCGCUUAUGGCCUUUGAGCAGGGAGAGAUCUUUAUCGUGUCACACCUGCUGUGACACAGGGCCUCGGAUUUUGCAGUCUCAUCCGAAGAAUUAAUCGCCCCAUUUAGUCGCCUCUUACGACAAGAAUGGUGUACUGAGGACGUGUCAGUCAAAUUAAAAUCAGAUCCUAAGAUACGCUCACAAUCGCUACAACACUCCCUACGCAGAGUAUAUAGCGCGGAUUUAAGAAUAGAUUGAGGACCUGUUCUAACCCGGAUCCCCACAGGGCUGUAUAUUACAUUGUAAUUUAAUCAAAUUAAAUCUAAAAUUACUCUGGAAAAAUCCACAACUUCAAUGCGCUACGAGCAAAUGUGUGAUGUAAAUUGUGUUCAUGGUUGCGUGUAUCUAAAAAUGUUUAUGACGAAAUCGGCGUCCCAUGAUCGGACUAUCUCGACAUCUAGACGGUGACUGGAUCGUUGCAAUGUAAUUUUUCAGAUUUGAGAUAAAACAGAAUAAAGAGGUAGGUUUGUAGGGAAAAAUACUGUUGAUAUAUUGUAAGUAUCUGUUUACUCGUCCGAAUAAAUAUAUAUUUAAAAGUUUUCGAAAGGUCAUCAACAAUUAUUGAUUAGGGGCCUAAAGGUCAUUUUGGCCGAUGUAGGAAAAUGUUCCUUACUGUUCUUGAAGAUUUGAAAUUUUUGAUAAGAAAAAUAUAGAAAAAAUCCUCCAAUAUUAUCAUACUUCGAAUAGAUAGGCCUGUCUACACUCAAAGUUUCCUUGAUUUUAAUCUAGGUCAACGGCUAAAUCGGCGAUAAUGCGCGAAGUUCGUGUCACUUUUAUAUACAUUAUCAUUGAAGUCACAUUUGGCUCAAGAUUUUUUUGGCACGUUGUUCUUAGCUUAUCAUUUAUAAUACAGAUAUAUAUACAUGUAUAGGCUUUAGGGUACCUUAUGUAUAUCUAUCUAUCUAUGUAUCUAUUUAUCUUUCUUUCUUUCUUUCUUUCUUUCUUUCUUUCUUUCAUUCAUUCAUUCAUUCUUCAAUUGAUAAACGAUAGAACAUAAUACAAGCACGAUACCAAAGGAUAUAUAAUACGCACGAUACGAUAGGAUAAACGCAAAACACGAUAAACGAUCUUCACGACAAACGGAAAAACUGGUAGAAAUAUUGUAAAUUUAGAAGCAAUUUAAACAGAACGAAAUUUUGAUAACUACAACAAGAUUUGGACAUCAAUUGAAGGAUUUUAAUAUUAAUUAUUUACCUAUAACAUGUAUAUCCCCAAAAGAUAAUACAUUUACAGAUUUGAUUUGAAGCGAACAGCGGUGUCACCUAAGUGCACAUUGAUUCCUAGAACUGGCCGAAGCUGAAAGUAAAUUUCCAGACAUGAAUUAUGAAACACUGCUCUGAGACGAUUUCUAGACGUUCCGUCCCAUAAUCAAUCCGUCCCUUAGUCGAUUCGUCCCUUUACCGGAUGAUCCGUCUCUAGACUAUCCGUCCCCUAGUUAAUACGUCCCCUAGUCGAUCCGGCCCAGAAAAAAUAAUAUUUUUCCAAGUGCUAUUUACAGUACUGAAUUGAUUUAAUUCAUCUGCGUAUUUCAUCUUCAUGGUAUGUGUGCCGCUGAUAUCUUCUGUCAUCAGGUUGUCAUCCUUUAAUAUGCUCUAUGGUAUUUAUGGCUUGAUUGCAGACUAAUUAACCUUGAUCACACGUAAUGUAUAUUAAUCUUCUUUAGACUGUUUAUCAUAACAAAUGUCUCUUCUUUUAUAAGCAAGAAAAACAUACUUUGCCAAAGCUUUUAAGGUAGUCGUUCCUCCAUAUUGAAAUAAGCUUUCAGUAUUUCCCAAAAAGAAGAGAUGUUUUGAUAUUUGACAGCUUUUUCUAAGAUCAUUAUACACAUCCCAAUAUUCGAUAAAGUGGGCUUCAUUUUCAAUACAAAGAAUACCUUUUGUUUUCAAACAAAAUGUACAUACUCUGUCAUGUCUUGGAAUAUUUCUAUACCAGGUCCUGCCACAUUCUAUUUCCAAAUCAUGAGCAAUUCUUUGAAGAUCUGGAGUUUAAAAAAAAAAAACUUCUAAUAGUUAGGUUACUGUAAGCUCGUAAUUAAUGAUCAAAGGUUGCACAACAAUGCAGUUAUAAAAAACUUUUUUAUCAGUGGACAUGGGACACACAUUUACAUUGAUUGCUAAAUAUAGUUGAAUAACGAUGUUUUUACAAUAAUUAAUGAGCACACAUUUUCAUAACCAUCCCACUUCAAACAAAAAUUAUAAAUCCUAGUUAAGGGUUGUAUAAACAAUUUUAUUUACAGAGUCUAACUUCGGCAGUUAUCUUAUUUUUAUAACUAUAACAGCAAUAUAUAUGCAAAACCUUCCCUUUUUCUUAAGUAAUAAUCAUUUAUUAUAUCUUUGAUUAAAAAACAAUUGAGGGGCCGGAUAGACUAAGCAAAAUGGGCCGAAUCGACCAUGGGACGGACCGACUAGGAACGGACCGACUGUGGGACGGAACGACCUGCUACCUCCUGAGAUUCGGUGAAAGCGUCAGUCCAAAUAUUCAGCCAAGCCGAAUUUUAGUCGAGAUUAUACCUGUAUUAAACUAUGCCUUUAAGAAUAAAGAGAUACCAAAAAGUACUUCUUAUGCUUUUUAAAAAUACUUUAUAUACUUUUUAAAUUGUGUUUUUAUUUAUUUAGAUUUAUCUUUAGAUUCCAUUUUUAACAGUCCAAUCGGUUUUGUAAAUCUUUCUCGAAUUCCGUUACCACUAUCACUAAAAUGUUAUGUACAUAUGAAAUAACAAAUAAUUAAAAAAAAAAAAAAACCAACCAUUCAUCUUCUGUUCGUACAUCUCGGAUAUAGAUGGUAAACCUUCAAUAUUAAAUGCAUUAAGAAAAUCCUGCAGACCAUAAAGGUACAAGGCAAACAAAAAGGCUGACAUGUCAUAACACCAUUUUCGCACUGAAAAUACUCGGACAUUUCAUUAUCAUUAAGAAUUCUGGAUUUAAUUUAUCAGUACAUAUUUAAAAUGAUAUCAUGCCCCUAUACGGAGUUGAACUCACGACCAGGGGAACUAAUCUCCUAGCAGUGCAUGAUCAGCGCGCUAGAGAUCGACCGCUCGACCAUCUACUCGAAGGCAAGUAAAAAAAAAAAACUUGCUUUGAUCACAAUGGAAUUCGUGACACGCUACACGAUCAUUGAGAAUGGAAAUGAAUGAGAGAGAGAGAGAGAGAGAGAGAGAGAGAGAGAGAGAGAGAGAGAUAUCAAUGUUUAGACAUGUGACGAAGCAACAUCGUAAUGUUCUUUUGUUGAAUCAGGAAGAUGCUGGGACUGUCAAUUGUGAACGCACAGACGGUCCUCGUUGCUUUUGUCGUUGGGCUCUUGGUAUACUACAUGAGAAAAUGGUUCCUCUAUCGACUACCCCCGGGACCGUGGUCUUUCCCUCUAGUCGGCAACUAUGAAGUGUAUUCCAAACCGUUAUUGCACAGAGUACUUCUCAAACUGUCCAAGAAAUACGGCCCAGUAUUUCGCUUGUCGUUUGGUCACGUUCCGUUUGUGAUUUUAAACAAUUAUGAAGUUGUGAUGGAGGCAAUAGUAAAGAAGAAAGCUGAUUUUGCAGGAAGGCCAUCCUCCACAACGUUUUCUCUCCUCUCUGAGGGAUAUAAGGACAUUGCUCUGGCUACGUACUCCCCCAUGUGGCAGUAUCACAGACGGAUAGCUACGAAAGCUCUCAGAAAUUACCUACAAGGCGACCUUUUGGAGAAACUCACACAAGAUAACAUGACAAAAGUGAUGAACAUGAUGGCAGCAGAGAAAGGGCCAUUUGAACCCAAGUCUCACCUAGACAACAUAGUCUUCUACCAACUAUACACACUCUGCUUUGGAGAAAAGAAGGACAUAGGUGAUCCAGAAGUUGAGUUUCUGAUAAGAGAGAAAGACUUGGUGAACAAAACUAUGGAAAAUGGUAUCCGAGAGGAUUUGUUGCCAUUCCUAAAGGAUGUAUAUCCGUCUAAACGUUACACCAUCAUAAAGAAAGCAGUCGACAAAGCUUUUGAUUUUCUCUACAGGAAGUUAGAGGAACACAAGGAGACAUUUGAUGCCAACAACAUCCGUGACCUGACUGACCAUCUGCUGAUGGCGAGAUCUGAGGUAGAACGGACAGGCGAUGAAGAAUCCCUGCAGAAGUUAACAGACACCUACCUGUUACAGACUAUAUCCGACAUAUUUUUUGCCGGUGUAGACACAACCAGAAUAACACUAGAGUGGUUCCUAUGUUUCAUAUCUGGACUUCCAGAAAUACAGGCCAAAUGCCAAAAGGAAAUCGAACAAAAUAUAGGGAGACGUUGUCCAUCAAUAGCGGACAGACAGAGUUUACCUUACACUGAGGCGUGUAUAUACGAAACAAUGAGAGCAGGAGUGAUAGCGGCAUUAGGUCUUCCUCAUCUUACCAUAUGCGAUACCAACGUUGGUGGAUAUGACGUUCCCAAAGGCACAGUAGUUUUAAUCAACCAUUAUGCUCUGCAUCAGGAUACGAAUUACUGGAAAGAUCCAGAGAAAUUUAAUCCACUUCGAUACCUAGACGAGAACGGCAAAAUGGAUCCCAAAAAACUUGACAGUUGGCUGCCUUUUUCUGCCGGAAGAAGGGUAUGUCUAGGAGAGUCUGUGGCUAAACCGGAAAUCCUGAUGAUGUGUGUGCAUCUUCUACAACGCUUCCACAUUUCAUUACCAGAGGGUGUAAAACCGAAUUUCGUCGGUGAACAUCGUAAUGUAUUCGGAACAGAAAGUCCUGCUGACUUGGAAAUUGUAGUUACAGAACGUUCUUAGAUUUAAACAAAUUGUUCCUGUUAGAACUUUCUUAAACUGGCUGUUUAAUAUCAGCUGUAAAUUGAUAGUUUUCUUGACUUCUUUUUAAAAGUACAUUGUAUAUUUUAUGAAUUUCUCUCUUCUCCCUCAAAUACAUGUAUGCAUGUAUACAUUAAAGCAUUGACUGAAA